AUGAUGGACGAUACAUAUGCGCCUCGUUCCCCCGACCUUUCUGCCCUCAUAUCUUCACCCACCAAGCAACAAUUCACCUCCCAACCCACCAACAACCCACAAUCUCCCAUUCACUCUUCAUACAAUCUCCCCUCCCAGUCCCCACGAAAUCCGUAUCCCUUCCAAAACAGUCAACAAUCACAGGCGCAUCCCUUUGGCGGCGGAACUGGGUUUGCCGACUACAAUAAUUCGCAAUAUCAAAUUCCCUCUCUACCAGCCUCGCACUCAUUCUCCACCACCGCGUCCUCCUCAAAUUACUAUCCGCCCUCGACCCAAUCUCAAUCACAACCACACUUUCAAUCUCACUACCAACAAGAAAUCAAAACUGAAGAUAAUUACCCCUCCAACACCCCCACCAAAGACCCGACCUACAGACCACCGCCCACCAUGGCGUCCCGCGGUGCGCGUCAACCACGCAAUAACAACCAGACCCUCGCAUCCUCCUCCGCGCCGCCUCCCACAUACAAAGACCCCAACCCAAACAACAUCGAGAUCAAGACCAAAUUCCCUGUUGCGCGCAUAAAGCGAAUAAUGCAGGCGGACGAGGAGGUCGGAAAAGUCGCGCAAGUAACACCCGUCGCGGUCUCGAAAGCACUGGAACUUUUUAUGAUCGCCCUAGUAGGAGGAGCUGCAGAAAAGGCCAAGGAGAAGGGCGGGAAGAGAGUCACGGCCCAGCAUUUGAAGCAAGUUGUGUUAGGGAGCCCGGAGCAAUUCGAUUUUUUGGCGGAUAUUGUUGCGAGAGUGAGUGAGGCGCAGGAGGGCGCUGGGGGCGAGGGAAGAAAGAGAAAGGAGAAGCAGGAGGUUAGUGAGAGUGAUGAGGAGGUUAAGAAGCCUAAAAAGACCAAGGGGCGGAAAAAGAAGAAUGAGGAUUAG